AUGUUGCAGACAAGCGGAACUCUCCUGAAAAAGCUGACGCACCAGAUCUCGCCUUACACGAGCCACGGGGGCGCGCCGAGCGGCGCGCCUCGGUCGUUGUUCCAGAAACGCGACCGGGGCCGAGACCGGGAGCGUGACGUUACCCGGCCGCGCACCGGCGUUGCCGCCGGUGCUGAUGCGGGUAACUACCUGGAGCGCAUUUCGACGCGCCUGGCCGACGAGCUCAAGUGGGAGGCGGAGCAUGUGGAACGCGUACAGAACGACAACGAAGACGACGUUGCCGGGGGCGACGACGACGACGACGCGUCGUUGCUGCGGCGACGCCGCGGCAGCCGCGGGGCCGGGGCCGGGGCCGGGGCUGGUGCUGCAGCCGCGGGUAACAACGGCGCUGCCGUGCAGAGCGACACGAGGAAGAAGCGCAAGUCCAAGGCCAGGCUGACAAAGCAGCGCAUAGAGCAGCUCGUACAAGAGUCCCGGGCGGGCACGAACGGUAUGUAUCAAGUGAGUGGUGGGUGGAUGGGUGCACGGGUGCACGGGUCUUUCAGCACUGUGCACGGCGCGACGCUGCGCGACGCUGCGGCUGCGGGCUUCGCCCCGGAAGCAGGGUCUGGGGCCAGGCAGGGUAAGGCGCCCCGCGGAGGGAAAAAAAGUUGGCGAGCCGCUUGUGCGGGUUAUGGUCUGCGCACGAGCGGCGUCUGGCGCAGGUGGUGGUGUGUGCGUGUGUGCGUGUGA